UCGGUCGGAUUAUUUGCCACCUGCCUGGUUGAUCUUAUAAGGCCUGAGAUCGGGUUCUCAGCGGCUUCGCUAAUCGCAGAUGCAGGCUUCGAGGUGCAGGUUCCAAAAUCUCAGACUUGCUGCGGGCAACCGCAGUUCAACAAUGGUGACCUGGCCGGCACUAGAAAACUCGCCCGCCAUUUUCUGAAUACAUUCGAAAGCUUUGACUAUGUUGUUGUGCCUUCCGGUUCCUGUGCGGCGACCGUAAAAAUCCAUUAUCCCGAAGUACUUGCAGGCGAUUUGACACACGUAUCUCGGGCUGCUGAGAUGACAGCGAAAACCUAUGAGCUGACCGAGUUUCUGACAGAAGUUGCAGAUUAUCAGAUAGUCGCUGAAUAUUCCGCUACCUGCACCUAUCAUGACUCUUGUUCGGGAUAUCGAGAAUUAGGUAUCCGUACGCAACCUCGUAUGUUGCUCGAUCAAGUAGAAGGCUUGAAGAUGACGGAGUGCAACGAAUCGUCAGCGUGCUGUGGGUUCGGCGGCACGUUCUGUGUAAAAUAUCCGCAAAUUUCCGCUCGAAUCGCAGCGGAAAAAGCUGAGAAUGUCGAGCGUAGUGGAGCCGAUACACUGCUUGGAGGCGAUUUAGGCUGCCUGAUGAAUAUUGCUGGAACUUUGCGUCGCCGCGGAAGCCAAAUUCAAGUCCGGCACGUCGCUGAAGUGUUGGCGGGGCUUGGAAAUGCACCUGCUAUCGGACAGCCUCAAAAGUAA